GAUUUAAAGGUGCAGUAUCAUGGUUAUGAAAGCUUCAGUAGAAGAUGAUGAUUCAGGAUGGGAACUCGGUAUGCCUGACAAGAUGGAAAAGAGUAAUACAAGCUGGAUAGAUAUAACCCAGGAUUUUGAAGAAGCUUGUAGAGAACUGAAGUUAGGAGAACUGCUUCAUGACAAGCUUUUUGGUCUUUUUGAAGCCAUGUCUGCCAUUGAAAUGAUGGAUCCCAAGAUGGAUGCUGGUAUGAUUGGAAACCAAGUUAAUAGAAAGGUUCUUAACUUUGAGCAAGCUAUUAAGGAUGGCACCAUUAAAAUCAAGGAUCUCACUUCACCUGAGCUGGUAGGAAUAAUGGAUACAUGUUUUUGUUGUUUGAUAACAUGGUUAGAAGGACAUUCCUUGGCACAGACAGUAUUCACUUGCCUUUAUAUUCAUAAUCCAGACUUCAUAGAAGAUCCUGCUAUGAAAGCUUUUGCUCUAGGGAUCCUAAAAAUUUGUGAUAUUGCCAGAGAAAAGGUCAACAAAGCAGCUGUUUUUGAGGAGGAAGAUUUUCAGUCAAUGACUUAUGGAUUUAAAAUGGCCAACAGUGUGACAGAUCUUAGAGUUACAGGUAUGCUAAAAGAUGUAGAAGAUGACAUGCAAAGACGAGUGAAGAGCACUCGAAGUCGACAAGGAGAAGAGAGAGAUCCAGAAGUUGAACUUGAACAUCAACAGUGUUUAGCUGUGUUCAGCAGAGUCAAGUUUACCCGGGUGCUACUUACUGUUCUAAUAGCAUUUACCAAAAAAGAGACGAGUGCAGUUGCAGAAGCUCAGAAACUAAUGACUCAGGCAGCUGACUUGCUUUCUGCUAUCCACAAUUCAUUGCAUCAUGGUAUCCAGGCACAGAAUGAUACCACUAAAGGAGAUCAUCCUAUUAUGAUGGGCUUUGAGCCCCUUGUUAAUCAGAGAUUGCUGCCACCAACUUUCCCUCGAUAUGCAAAAAUAAUUAAAAGGGAAGAAAUGGUCAAUUAUUUUUCCAAACUAAUAGACCGAAUAAAAACUGUAUGUGAAGUAGUCAACUUAACUAAUUUGCACUGUAUACUGGAUUUUUUCUGUGAGUUUAGUGAGCAAUCACCAUGUGUUCUUUCAAGAUCCCUACUACAGACAACUUUUCUGGUAGAUAACAAGAAGGUGUUUGGCACUCACCUCAUGCAAGACAUGGUAAAAGAUGCUUUAAGGUCUUUUGUCAGUCCUCCAGUACUUUCUCCAAAGUGUUGUCUUUAUAAUAAUCACCAGGCGAAGGACUACAUUGAUUCCUUUGUGACACAUUGUGUUCGGCCAUUCUGUAGUCUGAUUCAAAUCCAUGGACACAAUAGAGCUCGUCAGAGAGAUAAACUGGGUCACAUCCUUGAGGAAUUUGCCACCCUCCAGGAUGAGGCAGAGAAAGUAGAUGCAGCACUUCAUAGUAUGUUACUGAAGCAGGAACCACAAAGGCAACAUUUGGCCUGCUUGGGCACCUGGGUCCUAUAUCAUAACCUUCGCAUUAUGAUACAGUAUCUUCUGAGUGGCUUUGAGUUGGAACUUUACAGUAUGCAUGAAUAUUACUACAUAUAUUGGUAUCUGUCAGAGUUCCUCUAUGCCUGGUUGAUGUCAACACUGAGCCGCGCCGACAGCUCUCAAAUGGCGGAGGAGAGAAUAGUGGAGGAACAACAGAAAGGCCGUAGUAGUAAGAAAACAAAGAAAAAGAAAAAAGUUCGCCCUCUCAGCAGAGAGAUCACCAUGAGUCAAGCAUACCAAAAUAUGUGUGCUGGGAUGUACAAGACAAUGAUCGCAUUUGACAUGGAUGGCAAAGUAAGAAAACCGAAGUUUGAACUGGAUAGUGAACAAGUUCGAUAUGAGCACAGGUUUGCUCCCUUCAACAGUGUUAUCACACCACCCCCGGUGCACUACUUGCAGUUUAAGGAAAUGUCUGAUUUAAAUAAGUACAGCCCACCUCCUCAGUCAUCAGAUCUCUACAUGGCAGCUAGCAAACACUUCCAGCAAGCUAAAAUGAUACUUGAGAAUAUUCCUAAUCCAGACAAUGAGGUGAAUCGAAUUCUAAAAGUUGCUAAACCCAAUAUUGUGGUCAUGAAGCUGCUAGCAGGAGGCCACAAAAAAGACUCUAAGGUUCCUCCAGAAUUUGACUUCUCCCCUCAUAAAUAUUUUCCAGUUGUGAAGCUUGUUUGAAAGACAAGAGAUUAUUGUUAGGAUACCUGAAGCAUAACCAGCUGUAAGAUGAAAUAUCUAGUACUGUACACAGACUGAGAGGGAUCUCCAGGAUAAGAGUACUGUUACAUGGAAUAUCUAUAGUCUUGCCUACUUUACAUGAUCUGAAUGGCAACUGCUGUUUUAAAGUGGUUUGUAUCAAGUUUUAUGGGUGAAGCUGUUUUUAAUCAACCGUAUUGAAGAAUGUUGUACCUUUUAUUACAGAUUUAAUCAAAAAUCA